AAUGAACCCUCAACCCUCACAUGCGGCUCAACGCGUCCCGAAGCCCUCGCAAAAAACUGUACACUCGACAUCAUGGCCGACGCCUGGCUACCGCCAGCAUGCUACAACUCCACCUCCGCCUCCCUCUCCCUCGACCCCUCCACAAUUCUCUCCAACCUAACUGGCGCGGGGAUAUUUGAUUGGUACCGCGACGAAAACCACACUCUCCCUCUCCCACUCGCUCAGAUCUCAGCAAUCGAUGAGUUGAGAGCGUAUACGUGGCAAGUCUACCACCUAGCACACUGUAUGUACUCCUGGACCACCACUGUGCGGGCAAUGAACAGGGUUAGGGAGGGGGAGAGAGAUGUUUGGAUAGAUCAAAGACUAUUGAGUGAGGAGCAUGUGCAUCAUUGCGCAAUGGUGCUGGCGGGGAAUGGGGGCGAGGAGGGGGUGCUGAGGGGGACGCAAGUGGAAGUUAGGUUUACGCUGGGGACGUGCGUUAGGUUGGAU